UGCUCUUUUAAUCUUGUUGCGUACUUGAUCCAAUCGCCCCCCCAGUUCUACAGCAACACGUACCUCUCCUCAUCCCACGACCAUUUUGACGACCUGUCGAUCAUUUCGCAUCGAAGAGCAAAGCAUUCAGUCACCCGAACACCUAGGAUCUUGUCGUCGGUAAGCUUGUAGCCGCCUCAGCCUCAGCCUCAUCCCGCUCGAGGGACGUUGCGUCGUGGCAAGAUGGCGCAGCAUCAAUAUACUCCUGUAUCCAAGGACGACGAUGGGCAAGGCGAGAGCCACAAUAGUAACGGCCACUCACGGUCACGCAGCCAAAUCUCAACGCCCCUCUCUCGCACUCUCCUUCGCCUGCCUCCAGCCUUGUGCAGCAUCUUCCUCUUCCUCUGUAUCAUCUUUUCCCUCACAACUCCUUCCUCCUCCCCCUUAUCUCCCUCCUCACGGCCACGCCCGAAUAACAAUGGCGAGACCCCGCUACCUCGAUUGGUACAGCAGGACCUCACAUUGCCGCAGUCCACAUGUCGGCGCGAAUUCCCGCUCCUCUACCCUCAGCUGGACGAGCUACGCCGCCACUGGAAGUCGCACAACCUCAUCCGCCAAUCGCAGAUCGACUCGCUCGAAGCCGCCUCGCGCAAGCAAGAUAGGUGGGGCUGGUCACGCCUUGUCCUCCACGGCAACCGCCUUUGGCUACGCUCCCAUCACGAGGGCCUCGAGUUUGGCGGUAGGCACCGUCAACGGGCCAUGCUUGGCUUGUUCAACCAGGCAAUUCAAAGCAGUCCUUCUGUGGACGGACCUUUGCCCUCGGUAGACCUCCUCGUCACCACAGGAGACAGAGAUGUCAUUGGCCCCGAUCCAGGACUGAAGCGUGGUCCCCUCUGGGUCUUAGCGAAACAUCGUCUUGUCCACGAUACAGCGGGACAAUGGCUUGCCCCGGACUUUGGCUUUCUGGGCUGGCCAGAGGCACAACUGCCGGGGCAUGCCGAGGUGGUGGAUACGCUGCAGCGCAAAGAAGAGGAAAGCUACCCAUGGGAGAAGAAGGACGACAGGGCCUUUUGGCGGGGCUUCCCCAACAUCUACCCAGUUCGCAGAGACAUGAUGGCUCGCACGCGCAAUGCGAGUCACUUGCCCGUGGAUCAUCCCGAUGCAUGGGCAGACGUAUUUGCUACCACCUUUGACCGGCCAGAUGGUCUCAACCAGAACGAUCCGGAGGUAAAGCCCCUCGUUCCUAUCGAGGAGCAUUGUCGUCGCAAGUACCUGCUGCACGCAGAGGGCAACUCGUACAGCGGGAGGGGGAAGUUCCUCUGGACGUGCCAUUCAGUCACAAUUGCGCACAAGUUGGACUGGGCACAACAUUUCCACGCUGCGUUGAUCGAUGAUCCCAAGAGUAAGAAGCGCAACUGGAUCGAGCUACAGGGUGAAGGGUGGGACGGUCUAGAGGAGACGGUGCGCGCCCUCUGGGAGCUGGAUAGCGAUCCCAAGGCGCUGACCGGGAAGGGGAAGCAGAGCAGCAAUUACAGAGGAUGGCUAGGAGCCGCCACGGCUAAGGGCAUCUUCUCGUCACGAUCUAGCCAGCUGACGGCGAGGGAGAUUGCGGAUAAUGCGAGGGACUCGUUGAGGGAUCGAUACCUCACCCCCGCGGCCACGGCGUGCUAUGUGAGGGGGGCGUUGCGCGCUUAUGGGGAGGUGAUGGAUAGGGCUACGUGGCCGGCGGAUGCGAUCACGCAGUCGGCCACGGCGGGAGUGGGAGGAGUGGGUGGAGCAGCUGCGAGUGGUCGACAGGGCAUCAGUGGCGAAGCAGGUCCGAGACCGAAAGCGGGCAACGGCCAUUCUCCGGGGCAUGAUCUGGGGACUGCGGGAGCUAUUGGUGAUAUCAGCUAUGAGAGCUGGCUGCUCACGAAUGGCGGGGACUGGCCGCCCCCGAGGGCGUAGCGCAGUUUACAGGAGUGAGGAGAGAGAGCGGCCCAAACAAUUGGGCAUCGCAUCGUGUCGCAUCGCAUCGUCUUUUCUGUUGUUUCCAGUUAUCUCAAUGCAUCAGAAUGCCUCUUCGAGCAGUAGAGGGUCGGCG